AACUGUAAACACCAACUGUCUUAAUUUAACUGUCUGAAUAGAUUGUUAGCUGGUAGCACAACCGAUGGUAGCUAGCUGAUACCAACAAACAUGUUCCGUUAGCGCAUAAAACUUGAAACGCAAAAUGCGAUGCUAUCUUCAAGCAUUUCUCCUGUGCAUGGUCUUCACUUUCUUUUCACUGUUGUAUGUGUUCAACCAACUCGCCUCCACCUUGGAGGACAGAGACGACUGGAACCUGAAAGAACAGGGGGUAACCGACAAGCGCAGUCAUGACUACGGGCACCUUCUCAGGAAAAAGCCAGGACUGACGGGCCUUCCAGACAGCGAAGAAGAGCUUGACAGGUGUAAAUCACUGUCAGUUUCUUACUGGAAUCCAUAUCGGAGACUACCUGCUGAUGUUUGUGGAGUGAACUGCUUAUUGGAAUCAUCUCUUAGAGAGAGGUCCGGUUCUGCAGUCAAGGAACAUAGGGAUGAAAGAAGUCACCUGGCUGUGGUGGCCUGUGGCCCCAGGCUAGAGGAAACUCUUACCAUGUUAAAGUCUGCUGUUCUCCUCAGCAAAAAGCCUCUGCACUUUUACAUCUUUGCUGAGGAUGAUCUACAUAACCACUUCAGAAAUGCUCUGGACUCCUGGCCCAGGACUGUUCAGACCAAGUUUAACUUCACCAUCUACCCCAUCACUUUUCCAAAGGAGAAUGUGAAGGAGUGGAAGAAGCUCUUCAAACCGUGUGCCUCUCAGAGGCUUUUCCUGCCACUGAUCCUAAAGGAGGUGGAUUCUUUGCUGUAUGUAGACACAGAUAUAAUUUUUUUGCAGCCAGUAGAGGAUAUCUGGGCCCUUUUUGCUCAGUUCAAAUCGAACCACAUAGCUGCCAUGGCUCCAGAGCACGAGGAGCCACGCAUCGGCUGGUACAACCGUUUCGCCCGCCAUCCUUACUAUGGCAAGACGGGAAUCAACUCAGGGGUCAUGCUCAUGAAUAUGACGCGCCUCAGGGAGAAAUCCUUUAAGAAUGACAUGACAAUAGUUGCACUGAAGUGGGAGGAAAUUCUGAUGCCCCUUCUCCAGAAGUAUAAACUCAAUAUCACCUGGGGGGACCAAGACCUUCUUAAUAUCAUAUUUCACCAUAAUCCAGAAAGCCUAUAUGUGUUCCCCUGCCAGUGGAACUACCGUCCAGAUCACUGUAUCUAUGGCAGCAACUGUCAACAGGCUGAUCAAGAAGGUGUCUUCAUUCUCCAUGGUAACAGGGGAGUUUACCAUGAUGACAAGCAGCCUGCAUUUCGAGCUGUCUACGAGGCCAUCCAAAAGUACACAUUCGGUGAGGACAUGGAAUUCUCACUGCUUCAACCACUGGAAGUGUCGCUACAGGCAACCACAAAUACCUACUGUGGAAGAGCCAGUCACCUGUUUACAAAGAAGUUAAAACAGAGCAUCAUGUCUGUUCAACAAGAUGCUGUACAGAAAAGAUGAUCAGGACAGCACUCUUAUAUCACUGAUAUCAUGAUUAGUGUCUUCAUUUCUCUCUGGAAGGGAAUAUUUAAAUGUAAGACACUCCGGUGAAGACCAUGAGCAAACAGACUCAGGUCACCUCUGAACCGUUAUCGGUUUACAAACUGCAUAUCAAGAUUGGAAAUGGGGAAGGGUAAUCUGUUGAACAGGUUAUAUUUUAUAUUCUUAGUGAAGCCAAUGUGGGUACAUAUCUGUCCAAUGAACAAACAAUCAGGUCACACAUGCUUUCUCGCCAUGCGGGAAAAUGCACAGACACUUUUUAGAAAAAAACUUACAAUCAUUUUGUACAAUUGUCUAAGGACUUUGGGGGAAGAUGAAUGCAUUAGGGUACUUAAAUAUGUACAUAUUAUCAAGGUUAUUUUAUUAGUUUAUAAUUUUGCAUACAGGUUUUGUACUAGAGUUUUUGUCACUGCAGUAUACCACGGAAAAGGGUUAUCUUCACCAUGUUUACGUAUGUGUCACAUUGUUUUUUAAACAAAACAAAUGCUCAUUAAGAAUACUUAAAACAUAUAGAAUAUGAUCAUUAUUUAUUAUUGUUGGACAUCUGUGAAAGGAUGUACUUUUGAUCUCUACCUUAAAACGUUAACAUGAUGCUAUGGUUUCAUAUAUUCUGCUAUGGGAGUUUGUCAAAGAAUUGUUUACUGUACAUUGUAAUAGCAUUUACGUAAUUUCAGUAACUUUACCAACAUGAGCAUGUUUUCCUAAAACUGGAACAAUUUCCUUGAAGGCAGUUUGUUUUCAACCAAGCCAGAUAGUGUCAUGAAAUUAGCUGCCAGACAGGUUUAGCAAAACAUUUGCACAAUUGAUAUAAGAAAAUGGGGGAUUGUAACAACAUAGUACAUAUCUGUCAUGUGAAUGUAUUACUCAAAAGCCAGUAUAGACACUGAAUUAUAUAUCAAAUGAAGUAAAUAUUUUAUCAAAAAGCAUUUCCAAUGGUGUCUGUAAAACCGAAUGUAGUAUCUCUAAAAUAUGUAUGCUUGUAAUUAGGUGAAAUUGGGAAAAAGUUGUAAAAUUUUAAAUUGGACAAUGCUCUAAAGUAUAUAAUAUGGUUUGGAAUUACCUUGCUUUAGGAGUAAAUAUACAGUAUUUUGGGCUGCAUAUUACCCCAAACAAUAUUGCACAAAAAGGAAAGAAUUACAACAAGUGUUUGUAAUAAGUAAAAUUAAUUAUGGUGUUAUUAAAUUAUUGGACUGAAA